UGAAUGCAAACAUAAACAAAGAUGGCGCAGCCCUGGUCACUUACCUAAGGAUCUGGCCCUUUAGCAUCAUUUUAUUAUGCUUACAUGUAACAUGUUUUACAUAGUUCGGAUGUUCCUUCAGAGUUGAAGAUAAUUUACUUCCUAGUCCAAACCUCCCGCAGGUCGACGGGGGAUUGGAGCGGGCAGGAUUUGAACCCUCGACCAUCGAUAAAUCCGAGUCCGAACGUCCGAGCCUGCGACAGUCCAGCGCGCAAAUCGCACGACCAGGCAGCCAUCUAGAUCUAUUCUAUCUAGACGAUAUGAAUAUCAUAUGAUUGACAAAAAUGAACAUUAUUCUAGGGCAGCCAAAUCUAGUUUAUAAUUUAGAUCUAUCUAGAUCUAGAUUUAAGUUUAGAUAUAAAAGAUCUAGAUCGUUAUUGACAUAUUAUUUGUGUUUCAACUUUUUCUUUUUUUCACGAGGCAAUGACUUAAACUUGAAGGAUUUCAAUAAAGUAACAGAAUGUCAAGAAGUACAACAAUUAUCCAAAGGUCUAAACACAACUGAAAAAUUUGUCAAUGUUACCUUACAAAGCCUGAUAGUCAAUGAAAAGGAGGAUAUAGAACUUAAAUUUGAACUAAGUCUUAAUGCACCUUACAACGUAGUUAUCUAUAUGUUCUAUGACAUACAGGGUGCUCCCUAUAGAAAUCUAUGCAAGAAAACUUGCCCAGAUGAAGGCAGAACAUGCUUAUGUUAUUCCAGAGCAGAUAAAAAUAAACUGUUAACUUACAGCCCAGUGUUGUUGAUUUUCAAUGUGACACACAACUCUUUGGAUUCAAUGCUGCAGUGUAGUUGGCGCACAAGUCUUCUUCCUUAUGUUGUACCUGGAUGUGUUCAAGAACUUAAAGUUGACAGCGUGAGUUCCAUCGCAGCCAAUGCUUCUUCUCUUUUGUCUUAUCAGCUGAAACGCUUGAUUGAUUUUAUGCCUGACUGGCAUAGAUUGAGCUUACGUGUUGAACUGAGGAAAAACGCUGGAGUGACAGAAGUGCAUCAGUUUGAAGUUGUACCAAGUUUUGACAACCCUUUAGAUGUGUAUUUGUUUGGGACUCUAAGUCCCUUCACCCUCUACACUGUUUCUGUGAUGAUGAUGGCAGGAACUGACAAAGGAUGUGUCAAAUCUUUAUCAUUUCAAACCCUAAAAUCUAGGCCUUUAGCCCCACCAGAGUUGACAGGUUUUGACUUGAGUGGAAGUAAGCUGUGGCUGGUCUGGAAGGUACUAAGUCCAGAAGUAGCAGGAAGUGAUAAAGUGACUUAUGAAUUAGUCAUUUCUUCAGCUAAUGGAGUUAACUACACUUACAACCAGAGGUCAAACUUAUUCAAUGAGACUCUUGAGAAUAUCCAACGGCCACUUACCAUUUCCGUUUGGGCUGUAAAUGAUGUUGGAAAAUCUGAAAAAUCGACUGUAGUAAAUAUCCCAUUGAAUCAGAUGGAUGUUGAGCUGAACCCAGUUGUAGAAGUGAUCAACAAAUCUCACAUGUCUAUCAAGACCAGUGCCUGGAAUCUAGUGGAGCAGAUAGCAGUGCAUGCCAUAAGUUCUGAAAUGACCUUGACUCAAGAUUUGUGUGCAACUUGUGUGUGGACUGACAGGCAAGUGGUUAAUGUUUCAAGAGCAUUUGUGACUUCCAAGAAAAGAGUUCCAUUAGAAUUUGUGCUCUCAUUCACUAAGAUGGAAACCAGAAAGUUACAAAGGGAAGUGAAGUAUUGUCAACUUAAUGCUGAAAGUUCUUCCAUCCAAGAGGAAUGUUCAAUUAGCAUGUCCAAUUUGACUCAGACAGAAAACACUUCUGUCAAUCUGCUAAGUAAUAGUGACUUGAGUCCUAAAGAUUUGAAGCCAGAACUUAAAGUGGUCAGAACAUCCAACUGUUUUGUUCUUUAUGGCCAGCCUUCUUCAGGGGAUGUUACUCUGAAUGCCACAUUUUUUAUUUCAUUCAAGAUCAAUGGAACUUUUCAAAGACUGAAACAAAUUUCAUGUUUCUAUAACAGACAGCAUAAUGAAUUAUUCAAUGCUAAUAUAAAGGCCUGUGUACUGAAUGGCUGUCUACAUGUUCACCAAAUACAGAAUUGCUCUAAACCUGAACAGUUUUUUAUUCAAUCAUUUAAUGUUUAUCCUUCUCUUGAUGGGACAACUUGUAAUAGCACUUUAAGAGCUUUUCCCCAUUGUUUAAAGGACACGGAAUGGAGUUUACCAGGAGAUGUCAAGUCAGUGUGUAUACAAGCUAGGGAUAGCUUAGAGAUAGACCAUGGACCACCUCAAUUGAUCAACAUUGCUCAACUUGCAAGUUCAGACAGUCACAGCAGUACAAAUACUGUUAUCUAUGGCUUUGUGGGAGUAUUAGUCCUGUUUGCUGUAGUGAUUAUUUUAAGAGUUGUCUAUACUUGCGUAAAGAGAAGAAAUCAGAUUUUGAAACUGGUUGGAUCAACCAAUGAAAGCUUGGACAUAGCUCAGACUACUCCCAACUUUAGUAUUGCUACUAAAGAUGUCAGCCAAUUGCAAAGUGUUCAGAGCAAGAAUUGUGAAGAUCAGACCUCUACACAUGGAAUAUUUCUCGACUGGUUGUCAGGAAGUUCAUAUGCCAGAUUUAGUCGACUAGAUAAAUCUCUAGGCAGAAGUAACUCAAUGGGAGCUUGUACUAAUGAUUCUAGUCCGCAGUCAGUCAGUAACACGUCUGAUAGCUCCAUAACACAGCUGUUGUAGUGUUGAUAUGACUUCAACAAAGGGGCUUACAAAUAAAUCCUACAAUCAAUAUUAUUAAUUAUAGCCUGUAACUAAUCAACACAAUUUAUCUAUUUAUUGCUCUAGUGUUUAAUCAACUAACAGAGAAGAUGUUUAAUCCACCCUUAAUUAAUCAACAUAUCUCUUGUAUUAAUUAUUCUAAAUUAAAAUUAUAUAUUUUUUUUAUAUUUUAUAUCCUUUUAUAUUAGUGGCUCUAAUAUGGGUUAGGGUUAUGUUAUAUCUCUAGUCUUAAUCAACACAGCUAAUGUACAAAUGGCUGUAGUCUACAAUCAAUGAACAUAGCUAUUCUAUUAAUAGCUCUAGUCAACAAUCAAUAAGCACAGUUAAUAUAUUUAUGGCAUUAGUUUAUGAGAUUCCUAGCAAAAGUAUUAAUUGCUCUAGUCUACAAUUAAUUGACAGGACUUGUAUACUGAUUCUAGUCUUCAAUUAAUCUGGACAGCAAUGGCUUAUUUAUACAGCUUUUGGUAUAAGUGGCUCUUGUCAACUAUUAAACAACUUAUGUAUAUAUGUCCGCAGUCUUCCUAGCUUUUGUAUGGUUGGUUGUAAUCCAUUGUUUAUGUGUAUACAGCUUCGAGUAACUUGCCUGUCGCAAACACCUCAAUGUUUUACUUUCAAUGCUCCAUUAAAGUUUCAAUGUUUUAGAAGUAUGUAGGUCAUGCUUUUUAGCUUUUCAAUUUCUCUGACACUUCUUCUUCAAGCCAGCUUUUUGCUGCUGAGCUGUCAGCUCUUUUGCAGACUGCCAAGGAAAAAUAGUGUGCUGUUUUCAGUUGUUCAGCACUGCCACACAGGGUGUUGGUUAUGUUGGGCUGGAGUGGUAGUAGGGUCUGCCUAUGGUGGAUUAGGAAGCCUACACUAAAUUUCUCGGACACAAAUAACUGCUGUUCCAAUUGGAACACAAUUGCUAUGGCACUUAUUUUUCUUGUUACCAGGAAGAUAGUUCCAGGAUUUGACCCUAAAAACUUUUCUGCUCAUUUAAGGUAUAUUAUUAUGUGAUUAAUUGCUCAUAUCUUGUGAUGCUCCAUAAAAACAGGGAGUAGCCAAACAGUAUUAAAAAAAAAAAUUAAAAAAUUCCCCUUUCAGACCAUGUGGUCUAUAGGGCAGAUGAUGUAAGGGUCAUGUUUCUGUGGCCUAUGGUUAACGAGGGUGUCAUACGACCAACCACCUUUACUUUUCCCCAACUAAAGUUAGGUACCUUCUUCUUAUCUUAUAUAAUACAGACGUUACUUCAAAAAAGAAGAUGAUUACGUCCUACGCGUCAUGCAUUUAGUACCCGUUUGAGCUGGGUGGACUCAGAGGCGUCCAAAGAUCCUAAAAUUAAAAAUCCCAUCCUCCAUCAAGAUUCAAACCCGGGAUCCCCAGUUCAGAAGCCAAGCGCUAUACAGCUCAGCCACCGCGCCUUCAGCCAAACAGUAUACAUUUUUAUAAAUUCUAUGUUGCAAGCACCACUUUGAGGUCAGGAAAUGGCAGGACAUACUUCACUAAGGCAUUACAAUGUCUCAUUUUUUAAGAAAGAUGAAAUUUAAAAAAAAAACUUAAAAAAAAAAUAAUUUAAAAAAAAAAAAAAAAAAAAAAUCUGAAUUGGCGGAAUAGAUAAAAAAAAACUACAUAUUCUACAUUGUAAUUCAAGUCUACCAUUGUUAUUUUGUAUUGUAAGUAAAACAUAACAUUAAUGAUAUAUGAACUUUUUUAAGUGAUGUGAAUUAGUCGAACGUAAUUAUAUUUUGUACAUUGUGAAUUGUGUCAUAUAUUUUGCAAGAUAUCAUUUGCUAUCGAUUGAAACUGUGAUGAAAUAUUUCAACCAUUUUUACAGUGAUUGCAUUUAAGACAAUUUAUAUUGUACAUUUUGUUAGUUGUUUUGGAGUUUUUUUUCUGCUUUGUAUUUUUAGCAGGGUUUUUUUUGUUUUUUUUUUUAGAUUGAAGAGAGAGAUAUACACUAUUCAUAUAGAUUUAAAGAUCUCCUUCAUUGUUGUACUACAUAUUGUUAAUUGUAUUAAUUUGUUUUUGAUUGUAGGCUGAAGUUUGUUGCUGGUUUUGUUUUUGUAAUUUACCAUUGUGCAUUUUAUUAAGAUUUGUGGAUGACGUGUGCUAGAUGAGAAAGUUGUGUGGUUCAUGGUUUGUUUUUUAUCUUUGCGUGUGUGUGUAUAAAUGCUGGAAAAAAAAAAGUAUUACAUUUCAGCAUUUUUUAAUCGUUGGAGCAUUUUUAUGAAUUAAUGUGCAUUUAUGAUUAUAGUUGUCUGGUGAGAAUCUAAGGACAUAACAAUUUAUUUUAAAAAAUCCAUGUUUUAUGAUUGUCUUUUAAGUAUUUGAAAUACAUUUUGUAUGUCUUCAGUUCCAAAGAUUCUUAUCUUAUCUUAUAUAAUACAGACAUUACUUAAAAAAAGAAGAUGAUUACGUCCUAUGCGUCAUGCAUUCAGUCAUGCAUAUUAACCAAUGACUUAAAUUCUGCCAAGUCACUGGUUUUCCUGGCUAGCUCUAAUAGCACUAGGGAAGAAGGAGCAUUUGUACAAAUCUGUCCUAGCAUAUGGGACGAGGAUGAGUGCAGUGUUUCACAUGACUAUGCAAACCCAGUUGCGACCUGCUUAUUUUUACACAUCUGAUGCAGUCAAAUCUGAUAACAUUAAAAUCAGAUAAAUGCAACUGGUAGAUUCAGUGCCAUCUAAAAAUGACAUUCACAUCUUCACUGACUGAUGUUUUAGUUCUCUAAUGGUUGAUAUACAUUUCUCUAUACUGCUAUACGUUUCAUUAUUGGAAAUUGAUGAUUCAUUUGUUUGAUUUUUUGGAAAAUAAAAUUUUAUAUUAAAGAUCA